AUCACUUUCGUGAUGAAUUCUCAAAAACGAGUACAAAUUUUCUUCCUCUGCGCUCUUCUCUGUAGUUUCUCCUUUCUGGAAUAGUUAGAUUAUUAUGAAAUUUUCAAUAAAUUCCAAAAUUUUCGAAGUGCAAAAUUAAAAUCUUCGUAGUCUUAAAAUUUUCAAGGGUUCUUGUUUUCUGUGACCUGGUCCUCUGUCACCAUCCCCACCCAGUCUUCAUCUGCAAUUUUCAGACUUCGCUUCUUCACAGCAAAAAUUUCCCAGAAAUUUCGUUUCUUUGAUCUCUUUAAAACCCAUUUCCCAACUGCAUUAAAGAUUUAAAAUUUUCAGAUUUGUUCUUCUUCUUUUUGGUAAUGGGAGGAAGAAGCUCGAAGGGGUCUAGUGGAAGGCACUAUUCGUCAAGCAGGAGUGCUGAGCCUUCGCGGAGUCAAUAUGGGUAUCCGCCACAAUCACCGUAUCACCGAGAACCGCCCUAUUAUGCUCCGCAGCAUCAUUAUGAGUCAUCGGCUUCUUACAGUCAACGGCACCAGCCGCAUCAGCAACGGAAGAGAUUGGAGAGGAAAUACUCGAGGAUAGCUGAUAACUACAAGACUUUGGACCAGGUUACUGCUGCACUUUCGGAAGCUGGUCUUGAAUCCUCCAAUCUGAUUGUUGGUAUUGAUUUCACCAAGAGCAAUGAGUGGACAGGUGCAAGGUCAUUCAACCACCGAAGCCUGCAUUACAUUGGAAAUGGUCAAAAUCCUUAUGAACAGGCGAUAUCAAUUAUUGGGCAGACUUUAUCUGCUUUUGAUGAGGACAAUUUGAUUCCAUGUUAUGGAUUUGGAGAUGCAUCUACACAUGAUCAAGAUGUCUUCAGUUUCUUUCCAGAAGAGAGAUUUUGCAAUGGAUUUGAGGAAGUGCUCUCGCGUUAUAGAGAAAUUGUCCCCCAGCUUCGACUUGCAGGACCAACAUCUUUUGCACCCAUAAUUGAAAUGGCCAUGACUAUUGUUGAGGAAAGUGGUGGUCAGUAUCAUGUUUUGCUGAUAAUUGCAGAUGGACAGGUAACAAGAAGUGUUGACACAGAUCAUGGUCAACUCAGCCCACAAGAGCAGAAGACAAUUGAUGCAAUUGUAAGAGCAAGUGAAUUCCCUCUGUCAAUUAUUUUAGUUGGGGUUGGAGAUGGACCUUGGGACAUGAUGAGGGAAUUUGAUGACAACAUCCCUGCACGUGCCUUCGAUAAUUUUCAGUUUGUAAACUUUACAGAGAUCAUGGCAAAGAAUGUGGAUUCAUCUAGAAAGCAGACAGACUUUGCUCUUUCAGCCUUGAUGGAAAUACCUUCUCAAUAUAAAGCAACUCUUGAGCUCAGCUUAUUGGGGAGCAGGACAGGAAAUGCCCCAGAUAGGGUUUGUCUCCCUACACCCCAGUAUGGUGCAUCUUCUUUCAACAGCCCCAAAGCUUCACGAUCAAGCAGUUUUCAGCAGCAUUUGUCUCCUUAUUCUCGCUCAAGCAGUUUUCAGCACACUGAACCUCCUUAUUCUGGAUAUAAUACUGCACCUAGUGCUUCUCCAUCUUCAAUCUCUCAUUAUGAGAAUCAGCUUUGCGUCAUUUGUCUAACUAAUCCGAAGAACCUGGCCUUUGGUUGUGGGCAUCAGACUUGCUAUGAUUGUGGAGAAAACCUCCUUGAUUGCCCCGUUUGCCGGAGCACCAUCCAAACCAGAAUCAGGCUUUAUUGACCAGUCUCACUAAUUACAUUUUUGAUUCAGCAACACUGACUGAAUCAAAGGAAAGCUUGUUUUCUAGAGGCUGGGGAAGGUUAGCAAUUAAAGAGUGCUUUUGUUUUGCAGUUGUUUUGUUUCUCUUUGGAAAAUAGGAUGUUUUUAAUGACCAAGCACCUUAAUUUAAGCAGUUCUAAAUUGUUUACCAGGUGCAGUAUCCUGAUUGAUGGUGUUCCUUUGCGUAGGAUACCAAAAUGAUAUCUGCAGUUACUUGGUAAUCAACUAGGUUGUAACAGAGUUAGGGUAGAAAUGUAAAUAUAGCAUUUCUGUUGGACAAGUCCUUCAAUUAGUUUCCAUAAGCUGCUUGUUGAGGGUGGCUUGGAUGGGUUUAGAAUUUUCCCGUGAAGCUACUUGGUAAAUAAAGUCCUUGUCUUUGCCUUCUGGAUUUAGUUCAACGAUAUGUAUGUGUGAAAAACUAGUGAGAAAUCACAGUUUUCAUCUUUUGAUUAUGUAUUUUAAUAAGGACAACUGGAUGGAGUAUUAUUGGGGGAAGUGUUAGAUGAAGGAUAUGUGUGAUCUCAUGCCCUUCCUAUAUGCGUGAGAUAUGCCUAAGUUCCCUAACUAAGCUUCAAUUCAGGUGGGAAUGUUGACACUAUUAAAUUGAAAUUGAUGUGGUUAUAGUAUUGUAAACUUACAAUCAUGAUGUAUUGUUAUCUGAUUGAUUGUUUUUAUUCAGGAGUCGUGUAUAUUGUGUGCCUUUACUUGUUUAAUGCUGCUACAUCAUCAUUGUAAGCAUAAAUUAUAUCAGAAGUA